UAACUUGACAGUUGAGCCGUGACGACUCAACGGCUCUUCUCCUCCUCAGCUCGGCUCCUACAGCGCAUCGCCUGCCGGAGUGAGGCUGACACACACAUUUGCAGUUUGAGGUGGAUUUUAUUCUUCGGACCAGUUUCACAAUUUCCACAGAGCUGAAGCCAGAAUGGACCUGCUGCCCGACAUAUGGAAGCAGGACUACUGGCUUCCUCCAGGUGUGACCUGGAGAGACAUGGAACAGCUGGCAGACUCUGACCGACCCCUACCCCAAGACCUUUUCAUAGCUCUGCCCCUCGCACUGGGAUUUGUGGCCCUGCGCUGUGCGUUUGAGAGGUUAUGUGCCCCACCCAUGGCCAGCUGUUUGGGGGUGAAGAACAAAGUGCAAGUGUGUGCUGCCCCCUCACCGCAGCUGGAGUCUUUUUACACCCAGCAGAGCAGACAGCCGACACAGAGUGAAAUAGCUGGUUUGAUGUCGCUGUGCGGCAAAACCCAGAGGCAGAUCGAGACCUGGUUCAGGCUUCGCAGGAACCAAGACCGGCCCUGUCAAACCAAGAAAUUUGCUGAGGCUGCGUGGAGGUUCUUUUUCUACCUCACAGCCUUCAUUGCAGGAUUGGCCUGCUUGUUUGAUAGACCUUGGUUCUGGGACCGCAGCGAAUGUUGGAGGAAAUAUCCAGUUCAGCCCAUGGAGAGAGCUCAUUACUGGUAUUACAUGCUAGAGUUGGGUUUUUACGGCUCUCUGCUCCUCCGGAUCUCUGUGGAUGUCAAGAGGAAGGAUUUCAAAGAACAGGUGAUUCACCAUUUGGCCACCAUCUUCCUGCUCAGUUUCUCUUACUGUGCUAACUACAUUCGCAUCGGCACUUUGGUGAUGCUGCUUCAUGACUCCUCGGACAUCCUGCUUGAGUCCGCCAAGAUGUUCAACUACGGCACUGGAUGGAGGAGAACAUGUGACACACUGUUCGUUGUGUUUGCUGUGGUCUUCCUCGUGACUCGACUGGUGAUUUUCCCCAGCAAGAUCAUCCAUACCACUCUGGUGCUGUCCAUGGAAGUGUUUGAACCUUUUGUGGGCUACUACUUCUUCAACGUGCUGCUGAUGGUGCUGCAGGCCCUCCAUAUCUUCUGGGCUGGUUUAAUUUUGCGCAUGGUUUAUAAGUUCCUGAAAGGCAAGAUGGAAAAGGAUGAGCGCAGCGAUGAAGAGAGUGAGGUUGAAGAGGAUGAAGACGAGAGAGGAGGAGAGGACAGUGUUGAUCAAGGAGGAGAUUAUUGUUGGGAGAAAAGUAAAGACACCCUGAACUCCAAACUCUCUAUGCUGACCAACAGCUGUGUCCUAAAUAACUUGACCAAUCACAGGGCGUCUGUAGCCGACAGAAUGCGGAAAGCUCAAUAAUGUCUUGAUGAUAACGCUAAAUUACAUAAGGUCAUGAAAUCGAACGACACUGGAUGGAUAUGAUGGAUGUUCAUUAACCUCUUUCCUGCCACCAUGCUUCACUUUUUCUUGAGCGUGGGUUUAGAGAAGUAAAGCCAUAUGGAACUGAGUCUUUAUAAAACAUGUAUUUAGCAGAGGAUAGUUUCGAUCUAUCGACCUCUGGGUUAUGGGCCCAGCACGCUUCCGCUGCGCCACUCUGCUAAUCACCCCAGAUGGGACUCGAACCCACAAUCCCUGGCUUAGGAGGCCAGUGCCUUAUCCAUUAGGCCACUGGGGCAUCUGUCAAUGUUUCAGAACCACUUCCUGUGAGUCACUGUCCAGUGGGGUGGGGGGGUGGGGGGGGCAUAAAAAUGAUGCUAUUAUAUUAAUAUCUAUUGGCAGCGAUGGUGGUGUAAAGUAAAAUCAGGGUAUCAGGAAAGUGUUCAGUGCCUGCCUUAUAUUUGUCUUUGUUGUCGCUCACACUGCAGACUGUUUACACUGUUUGUCAUUCAGCAAGUUCACAAAGCACAUGUAUGAAAACAAUCAAAAGAUUAUGACUAAAAUAUUAACUAGGUAGAUAACCCCGUAGAGACAGGAGUGUUUUCAAUUUUUAUUUUGAAAAAAAAAA